AUGUCGUACUUCUUUGGUUCGCUGAACCGCCGCGCGUGGGGCGUCGCCGCUGCGGCAGCAGCAGGAGGCGCUGCUGUGGUUUUCUGUCCCGUUGAUGCGUGGGGGUUGCUCCGUCGGGGGCGGCGUACAGUCCCUUUGUUUGACACACAGUCAGUUGUUCGUGCCGAGGAGCACGUGCGAUACCCCUGCCAGGCGUUUGACGGCUAUUCCGUCGUGGUGUGGAACUACUACGUCCGCGCAUCGGCAAAUGAUGCGUCCGGCGAUCUCCGUGACGACGGCAACACGAGCAGCAGCGGCAGUGAUGACAGCAGCACCUUGAGCGGUAUGUUUUCCCGACUCUGCGCACUCUUCUCUAACGAAACGCACACUGUCGUGGGUCGCAUCAAUCCUUCGGCGGAGGAAAAUCAGCUCCACCUUGUGCGAGAGGUGGUAGGCGACGCGCGGGCCCCGCCACUGGCUGACGCUUCGACUGGCGCUGGUUCCACCACUGCUGCAGCUGCUACGGAUAGUGUGCCGUUCGUCGCCUGUUCAACGUGGCCGGCCGGGACGGCGAAGUACUCGGCCAUGACAAUUGAGCCGUCCUCAUCGUCCCCGUCCUCGUCUGCACUGGACGAGCUGCGACGACUGGCGGACGGCGCGACCCACCAGUCGCUCAUCCGCUGCGACCCCUUCGCCCCGUCGUCGCUGAACUGCGCCGGCGACUCAACCUACUUGGGGGCACCGUACCUCCGCGNGACCCCUUCGCCCCGUCGUCGCUGA